AUGCGCGGCAAAGGUCAGCAAGUGCGCUCCAAUAAUCCAGGAGGUCGUGGGUCUCGCCACGAAAACGUUCUCACCCACUUUUCGCCAAUUUUUCAUAGUUUUCUAUCAUUCUGUCUUCUGUUUCGCUCUAAAAUGGACGCUGCCGAAAAAAUGAAUACAGCCACCGAACAACUGAAACGAUCGUUUUUCACCGAUAACUGGGAGAAUGUCGACCAACUUCGGACAGGUUUAUCCGAAAUGACUGUGAGACUCGAGGAGUGUGGCCAAACUAAAAAGGAACGUGAUGCUCUUUCUAAAGCUGUUAAACGAGCAGGCGCUGUUCAAUACAUGUUUAACAUUGGGAAUUGGAAGCUAGAUGAGAAGCCGUGCAUCUUGGUUGGCAAUAUUCCAUCUGCUCUCACGAGCUCAGAAAUGAUGGGUCAUUUCGGUGGUCUUAAAGGAUUCACUGGAAUUUUGUUUAAAGGAGAGGAUACUUCUCUCUCCAAAACUGUGAGAAUCCUCUUCGAUGAAAGCUCAUCCGCUGAAGCUGCCGCCAAAGACAUUGAUGGAUCGAAUUGGAAUGGAAAAGAGCUGGACGCUGUCGUCAAGAAGCAAAUUUAA